AUCGCGUCGCGUCGCGUCGCCUCACCUCACCCAACCCAACGCACCCCUCCGUGCUCAGUGUCCGGCCUUGCUUGGUCUUGCGGCGAGCAUUGCUGUUGUUCGCCGCCGGCGAUGGAGGUGAGGAACAGGUACGUGGCCACCCGGCGCCACAUCGAGGGCGCCCCUACGGAGGCCGACUUCGAGGUGAGGGAGGAGACGGCGCGCUGGUCCCCGGACUCCGGCGAGGUGCUCGUCCGGAACCUCUACCUGUCCAUCGACCCGUACCAGCUCAACCGCAUGAAGCGGAGCAGCGCGUCCCACCUCGCCGUCGACGGCAUCCUGCCCGGCCAGAGGAUCGCGGCGUACGCGGCCGGCGAGGUGGUGGCGUCGGCGAGCCCGGAGUACGCGGCGGGCGACGUGGUGGCGGGCGUGCUCGGAUGGGAGGACUACACGCUGUUCCGGCCGUCCCCCGCUGUGCUCAUGUCCAAGGUCGACGCCGCCGCUGUCUUCCCGCUGUCCCACCACAUCAGCGUGCUGGGCACCAGCGGCAUGACGGCCUACGGCGGCCUCUUCGAGGUCUGCAAGCCGGCCAGUGGGGAGAAGGUCUUCGUCUCCGCGGCGUCGGGCUCCGUCGGCAGCCUCGUCGGCCAGUUCGCCAAGCUCGCCGGCUGCUACGUCGUCGGCUGCGCCGGGACCAAAGCCAAGGUCGACCUGCUCAAAGACAAGCUGGGAUUCGACGACGCGUUCAACUACAAGGAGGAGCCCGACCUGAAGUCAGCUCUCAAGAGGUACUUCCCCGACGGCAUCGACAUCUACUUCGAGAACGUCGGCGGCGAGAUGCUGGAGGCGGCGCUGGCCAACAUGAACACGUACGGGCGGGUGGCCCUCUCCGGCGUCAUCUCCGAGUACACGGGCUCCAGGCGGCGCGCGGUGCCGGACCUGCUGGAGGUGAUCUACAAGCGCAUCACCAUCCGGGGCUUCUUCGCCUGGGACUUCCUGCCCAAGUUCGCUGAGUUCAACGCCGCCAUCGGCGAGUGGGUCCGGCAGGGCAAGGUGCAGGUGAUCGAGGACGUCUCCGACGGGCUCGAGAGCGUCCCCUCCGCGUUCGCCGCGCUCUUCAGCGGGCAGAACGUCGGCAAGAAGCUCGUCAAGCUGGCGUAGAAACAGGGAGGGAGGCAGCUGACCGUACCCAGUAGUUCAGCACGCGGAAAGUUUUACACACUGCGUGAAAUUUACCGUGGUGUUAAAUUGAUAUAAUUUUGUACUUUUGGACGCCGGAAAACAAAGAUUUUUAUCGGGGUGUUAAAUUGAUGUAAUUUUGUACUUUUGGCCGCCAGCAAAGAAGGUAAACAUAAAAAAUAAUAUUUCUGUUCGGCCAGUGA